AUGGCGGCUAUGCUGCGUGUGCCCAACGGGAUCAAUGGGCUCGACACUUCUAGUGGCAUGACUCUCACAAUUCUCGGAUGCGGAACACUCGGUAUCGCCAUCCUCAGCGGCAUCCUCUCCUCCCUCUCCGAAUCCUCCGCUUCCCACGCUCCUUCGCCAGCCUACCCCGACUCCGGCACCGCAACACCCACCACCGAAUCCCCCCCGCAACGCACACCAUCAAACUUCAUCGCCUGUGUGCGCCGCCCUGAAUCUGCGAAACGGAUCAAGGUUGCCGUUCAAUCUUACCGCCCAAAUGUCACGAUUUUGCAAAACGAAAACGUGAAGGGCACGCACAAUGCCGACGUGGUUAUACUGGGAUGUAAGCCAUAUAUGGUCAGUGAGCUUUUGCGUGAGGAGGGGAUGAAAGAAGCUCUCGCGGGAAAACUUUUGAUCUCGAUCUGCGCCGGCGUCCCCGUCGAACAAAUUGGUCGGGUUCUCUAUGGCGAGUCGUAUCCAGAAAAUAUUCCUGAAAAUGCAUGCCGGAUAGUACGAGUCAUGCCCAACACCGCCGCGAUUGUGCGCGAAUCCAUGACCGUCAUCGCCAACACCACUCCCCCUUUACCCGCCGAACUAUCAGCAAUAGUUGAAUGGGUAUUCACGCGGAUAGGCCGGGUCGUGCACCUCCCACCAGCAAUGAUGGACGUCUCAACAGCCUUGUGCGGCUCCGGUCCCGCCUUCCUGGCAUUGAUGCUCGAAUCUCUCGCUGACGGGGCCGUUGCGAUGGGCCUCCCCCGUGCAGAAGCUCAACUCAUGGCCGCCCAGACGAUGCGAGGCACGGCAGGGAUGGUCUUAUCAGGGGAACAUCCUGCGCUGGUGAGAGAGAAGGUGUCGACCCCUGGAGGGUGCACGAUUGGUGGGUUGUUGGUGCUGGAAGAGGGCAGAGUUAGAGGAACAGUAGCGAGGAGUGUAAGGGAAGCGACGGUCGUCGCAGCGCAGUUGGGUAAGGGAGUCAGUGGCGUGAAUGGGACGAGAUUUGAGAGGCAAUAA